AACGCGUGAAUUCUAGCGAUCCGCGUCUCCGGAGGGAAUCACUCGAACGAGGUCAAUCAGUCCGUCUGAGUGUCUCGGAGACACCGAAGCAGUUAGCGUGCUGUUAAAACAGAUAGACAAGGCAUGAAAAGUGCCAACAAUCUCACGAUGACUUCGAAACGUCAGAUCUUCCGUGCAGCGUCUACGAUCAGUGUAGUUUUUAUGUUGUUUACACUGCACAGCUCAAUCGAGGGAAAGAUGUACGAAAAGUGCCCUCUAGCUAGAACGCUGGACAAGCAGAAGAUUUCUUCACGCUCACUCAUUUCCAAUUGGGUCUGCCUGGUAAUGGCCGAGAGUGGAGGUGACACUAGCAAAGUGACCACACUGGAUAAUGAGUCCGCUAACUACGGUAUCUUCCAGAUUAACAGCAAAACCUGGUGUCGCGAAGGACGUAAAGGUGGUCGUUGCAAUAAGAAGUGUGAAGACUUCCUGAAUGAUGAUCUUGCCGAUGAUAUUGAGUGUGCCAAGCAGAUCUACAAUGAUAGUGGUUUCGGUGCCUGGAAAGGAUGGGUCAACCGCUGCAAGCAGAAGACUCUACCUGAUUUGUCACCCUGCUGGAAUUAGAGACUCCAUAAGGACAGGGACCAUUACAUUGUUAGUAGAUACACAUCAGGCUGUAUCAAAUAAAAUAUUGAACUUUUGUUGUUCGAUUCACGUGCCAGAUAACAACGGCAAACUCG